GAAAAGCCAUCAUCUGAACAACGGGACCGCCGUGUGAGGAAGACUGUGGUCAGACUCCACGUGUUGAAGCUGGAAGAGGAUUAUCGGAGGCAGAUUAUUGAGCCAGUGAACUACUGUCCGACUGGGCUUCAUCUGUGGGGCCACUUUCAGGAGAGCAUUUCUUUCACUUAAUAAUCAUGAGAUAUUCAAAUUAUAGCCCUUUAUGUUUUUGCUUUGAGACAGACGUAAAAAGAGUUAUUGCACAUAUUAUUGCACAUGUUUUCAUUAGUAAAGAUUCAAAAUGUUCUUCAGUAGAUGUAAUUCAUGUAUUUCCUUUGCCAUAGGUUUCUUGAAAGUGGCUCAGAACAAACCUGAUCAUAAAGUUUUCUCUUACUUUAACCAAGUGCAGCUCGAGGAUGGCGGUGAAUGUUUACUCCACAUCUAUGAACGUAGACAACCUGAGUCGCCAUGACAUGUUGGCCUGGGUAAACGACUCACUACAGCUCACAUACACCAAGAUCGAGCAGCUAUGUUCCGGUGCCGCCUAUUGCCAGUUUAUGGACAUGCUUUUUCCUGGGUGCAUACUGUUGAAGAAAGUUAAGUUUAACUCUAAACUGGAACAUGAAUAUAUCCAUAACUUCAAGGUUUUACAGGCUGCCUUCAAAAGAAUGAACGUUGACAAGAUCAUUCCUGUGGAGAGACUGGUAAAAGGAAAAUUUCAAGACAACUUUGAGUUUCUUCAAUGGUUUAAGAGAUUUUUCGAUGCAAACUACGAUGGGAAAGAGUACGACCCUGUUCUAUCUCGUCAGGGCUUGGAGGCAUCGCCGCUGCCCAACCCAGGACCAAUGAGAACAUCUCCCACAGGCCCCAAGUGUGUCCCUCCUCCCCAGAGGCAGAUAGCCACAGCGCGUAGGCCCCCAGUCACACGCAACGGAGGAGACGCUGAGCUGGUGGAGCUCAACCAGCAGCUUCUAGACAUGAAGCUCACUGUUGACGGCCUGGAGAAAGAGAGAGACUUCUAUUUUGGAAAGCUGAGAGACAUCGAAGUCAUCUGCCAAGAACAUGAAAACGAGAACAACCCCAUCCUCACUAAAAUCAUAGACAUACUCUACGCUACAGAGGAGGGCUUUGCACCACCAGAAGAUGAAGAUAUCAAUGAAGGCGCUCGAGACCAGGAAGAAUACUAGACUCCCUUUUUCCUUCACCACCCCACCACCUCUUCAUUCGCCUUGUUACUUACAUAUGUCCCUCCCAUUUGCUUUAGUUUUUACACUACUCAUUUCUCUCCCCAAACAUGACCUGGUUUGAACCACCUCUCUACAAAGGACACUACACCAGGCCUGCGUGUACAAAGGCCCAGCUUUGGCUUAACUUGACUUAUACUCUAACACGUUGCCAGAGUAGACAGCUGUACUGCUAGUGGCUGAUUUAUGGUUAAUAGCAUUGAGAUUAAUAGGAAUCCUGCACAUGUGGCCUGGAGCCAACCAUGCUGUCUGUCUGAAGAGAUACAACGGGCACUUUCUUCACAAAACAUCUGGGUUUUCACUGCAAAUUUAUGGAUAUUCUUAAAGGGAGUCCUGCUCAUAUACAAAUGCUUAAAUGGACAAUAUGCUGUGAUACUGAACUGGGAACCUUCAGUUGACAGAUGUUGCCAAGUUAGGAGAAGCAAACAGGAGUAAAGAUUGAAAAAUCUAGACAAUGAAGUCGCGCCAUCUAUUGAUAUCCAAAAAGUAUAAUUUGUUUUUUCAUUUGCUGAUAUCUUCCAAAUAGCACAAUAUUUUGUCUGAUAUGCAACAGGGAAGAUGCAUUGUCAAAGUUAUAGCUUGUUUAAAUACUUGGCAUAAUGUAAAAUAUAAGUUACAUUGUAUUUUAGGACUAUAUCGAUAUUGAUUCAUCAGUUUCUAUCUGUCUGCUUCCCCAAACUAAGCCUGUGAUAAUAUCUGUUACUGUGGGUAAGACAUUGAAAUGUAUCUGACCUAAAAAAUAGAACUGUCCCUUUAAGGAGGACUACAAAUGUGCAUAUAUAUUUUCAGCAUAUUUCAUAGACACGUUUUCAUCAAAGCCACAAACAUAUCACAGACUUUGAAGAGCUUGUGCAUAAGAAGUCAUCAUUCUGAGGUGAACACUACUUGUAUGUACUUCUUCAUCAACUCGUCUUAUCCGAGGAUCGCUCUUAAAUGGUUAAGAUUGCUUGAUUAUGAAACAGCAUGAUGUAUUUAUGUUUAUUUAUUUAUGUUUUUUUUUUUUUGAUCUGCUCUACACACUUUCAGAGAAUAAUGUGGUUUUGGAUUUGGGCAAUUUGAACGUCUUGCACUAAAUGUAGCAAAAUUGUUUGAAAAGAUCCAAAAUGCCAAGAUGCAGUUGCUGGCUGCAGCCAGAAUGAUACAGGAAGAUGCAAUUUUAUAUUUUAUAGAUUUGUUUUAAAGGUCUGUUUUGUAUUUGCAUUGAUUUGCUCAAAGGCCAAGUUGCAGGUUUCACUGAAAACUUAUUUAGCACAAAAGAAUCAGGCUUAAACAAUUGUUGUAAAUGAACAAAAACUGUACAGACACUACUAGAUACUAAUGUUUGACUGUGUUAAACAUUUUAGCUGCUAUCUCUUUUGUUUUACUGUAUUUAUUUACUUAUCAUCAUGUUUUGCAUAGCGUUUCAACAGCACAUUGACAGCUGGGCUAAGCUUGAUACUGGUUUGAGAGAAUAUUGUGCCCUCUCCCAGUUUGUUGUUUUGGCAGCCUCAUGUUAAACCUGCAUCAUGGAAUGAAAUAAAGCUCUGAGGUUCAGGAAAACUAA